AUGCAGAAACCUCGGCUCUUUGUUCCUGCCAUGACUGUGCCAAAUGGAACUCUGGUCCACCCAGCAUACUUCCUGCUGGUGGGCAUCCCUGGCCUGGGACCUAACACCCACUUUUGGCUGGCUUUCCCACUGUGUUGUAUGUAUGCCUUGGCCGCCCUGGGCAACCUGGCCAUUAUCCUCAUCAUCCGUGUGGAAAGGCGCCUGCAUGAGCCCAUGUACCUCUUCCUGGCCAUGCUUUCCACCAUUGACCUAGUUCUCUCCUCCGUCACCAUGCCCAAGAUGGUCAGCCUCUUCCUGACAGGUGUCCAGGAGAUCGAGUUCAAUGCCUGUCUGGCCCAGAUGUUCCUUAUCCAUGCUCUGUCAGCCAUGGAGUCAGCUGUCCUGCUGGCCAUGGCAUUUGACCGCUUUGUGGCCAUCUGCCACCCACUGCGGCAUGCUUCUGUACUCACAGGGCCUAUGGUCGCCAAAAUUGGACUAGCUGCCCUGGCCAGAGGGUUUGUACUCUUCUUCCCCCUGCCCUUCAUCCUGAAGCGGCUAUCGUACUGCCGAAAGCACACGGUGACACACUCCUUCUGUCUGCACCAAGAUAUUAUGAAGCUGUCCUGUACUGACACCACGGUCAAUGUGGUGUACGGGCUCUUUAUCAUCCUCUCGGUCAUGGGCGUCGACUCCCUCUUCGUUGGCUUCUCCUACGUCCUCAUCCUGAGGGCUGUGUUGGAGCUCUCCUCUCGGGGGGCAGCACUCAAAGCUUUCAACACCUGCAUCUCCCAUCUCUGUGCUGUGCUGGUCUUCUAUUUGCCCCUUAUUGGGCUCUCCGUGGUGCACAGGCUGAGUGGCCCCACUUCCCUGCUCCAUGUGAUUAUGGCUAAUAUCUAUCUACUGCUACCACCUGUGGUUAACCCUAUAGUCUAUGGGGCCAAAACCAAGGAGAUUCGUUCUCGGGUCUUCCAUAUAUUCUCACAGAAUGGCAGGUGAGCAGGAUUUCCUCCCCAGUGUCCUUAGUCUCUACCAAAGAUGGCAGGGUUCAGGUCCUGUUGAGCAUCUUGGUGACUGGAACAUCCAACCCACUGGGCUCUCUGCUCCAGGUUAUCUAAGUAGAUCUUCAAUUUCUAUCUCCAGAAAUGGGUCACUUCAGAAGAACCAGUUUUGACAGGACAUGCUGGAUCAUGAUCACUCUACACUCCCUUCCUAUGGUGACCUCACCUUAUUUCUCUUU